UUUACUCCGUAUCUGAAAGCGCCGAAGGCCAAACAGUCAACGCAAUUGCCCCCAGUCCCCAGUUCGCCACUCUCCCCGUGCGCAAAUCCGUAGAUGGAAGGGGACAAAAUGCCCAGGGUGAGGCUCGGUAAGCAGGGUCUUGAGGUGUCCAAGCUUGGCUUCGGGUGCAUGGGCCUCACUGGUGUAUACAACGCCCCUGUUCCUGAGGAAGCUGGGAUCGCCAUAAUCAAGCACGCGUUUGAGGCCGGCGUCACCUUCUUCGACACCGCUGAUGCCUAUGGACCACAUACCAACGAGGUCCUGCUUGGAAAGGCAUUGAAGCAUUUGCCCCGUGAGAAGGUGCAAGUUGCCACCAAAUGUGGCAUUGCAGGAUUUGAUGCAAGUGGCAUGUGUGUGAAGGGCACUCCAGAUUAUGUUCGAGCUUGUUGUGAAGCAAGCCUUCAGCGCCUUGCUGUUGACUACAUUGAUAUAUACUACCAACAUCGAAUUGAUCAGUCAGUGCCUAUAGAGGAAACUAUGGGGGAACUCAAGAAGUUGGUUGAAGAAGGGAAAGUGAAGUAUGUUGGCUUGUCAGAGGCAAGUGCCGAUACCAUCCGAAGGGCACAUGCUGUCCAUCCAAUUACUGCGGUGCAGUUGGAGUGGUCACUAUGGACCAGAGAUAUAGAGGAAGAUAUAAUACCAGUCUGCAGGGAGCUUGGUAUUGGAAUAGUUCCAUAUAGCCCACUUGGCCGUGGCUUCUUUGCUGGCAGGGCAGCUGUAGAGUGUGUACCAUCAGAAAGUCUAUUGUCUAAACAUCCAAGGUAUACUGGGGAAAACUUGGAGAAGAAUAAAGUUCUGUACACACGACUUGAAAUUUUGUCCAAGAAGUAUGGGUGCACCCCUGCUCAACUUGCUCUCUCCUGGGUUCUUCAUCAAGGAGAAGAUGUGGUCCCCAUACCUGGAACAACAAAAGUGAAGAACCUUGAUGAUAACAUCGGUGCUGUAAAGGUAAAGCUGAGCAAGGAAGACCUCGAAGAAAUCUCGGGUGCAGUCCCUGCUGGUGAGGUGGCUGGGUCCAGACUUCUUGGAGUCCUUGAGCCUUAUUCUUGGAGGCUUGCAAAUACCCCACUUCCAAAAUAGCGAGUUUAGAUGCAAAUUGUUGACAAUCCUACCAUUUAGAUUAUGUUAUAUCAGAUCAUAUCUACAUGCAACAAAUGACUUUUUUCUGUGCCCGUGAAAAUGCAUGUACCUGAAACAAGGGAUGUAACUGGUGCUCUGUGUGGAAUGUACCAACUGCUAUAGUUGAUCAAAGAAAUAUGUUGGAAUUGAGCUGA